AUGGCAACGUACGAGCAUGCCGGCAGUGGCCAGGGCGUGGCCCCCAAAAUCACCUUGUAUACGCACCACGGCUGCCCCUACGCCCAUCGUGCACACAUCGCGCUUAAGGAGCUCGAUCUGUCAUACGAAGAGGUCAUCGUCGACCUCGACAAGCCGCGAGAGCCGUGGUAUCUCGAGAUCAACCCGCGUGGUCUCGUACCGACGAUCAAAUACUCCAAUGGCAUACUCAACGACGAGAUCAUCACCGAGUCCGCAAUCGUGACCCAAUUCCUCGCAGACAGCCGGCCGUCCCAUCUGCUCCCGGCGUCGCUCAGCAGCCCGACUGCACCAUUAGUGCGGGCGCGCAUCAACUUCUUCGUUGAUACGUGGAAUACCAAGAUUGGAGGGUACUUCAUGAAGAUACUGGCGGCUGACAGCAAGGAGGACAAGGAAGCGAAGAGCAAGGAGAUGGUUGAGGCGGUCAAGAAGGAGAUUGAGCCGCUGCUGAAGGACGCGAAUCCGUUUUUCGGAGGGAGUGAGGAGUUGACGUUCGCUGAGGUUCAAAUCGCGCCGUUCUUGCUCCGCAUCUACGCCAUGGCUAAUGGCGAAUACCUUCCGGUAUCGCUCAAGCAAGGACUCAACGAGCUGCCAAACUUCUCAAAGUGGGCGGCGGCAACGAUGAAGAAGGAGAGCGUCACAUACAUCUGGGACGAGCAGCGUGUCUUGAACAGGACAGGUGAACUGAUCCAGAAGAUCAAAGCUAAUCAGAACAAGUAA